AGCUCUGAUAGGUCGGGUCAGUAAUAACGGUCAGUCUCUUGCGCUGCGGUUGGGCGCCGCUGGUUGACGUGUGGUACGUGCUAGCUGAUACGGUGUGAAUGGACUGAUGCAGUGAUGGCUGUCCCUUUGCCAGAGAGCCACGGAAUGGAGUGCUGCUAGGCUGUAACUGAAGCGAUUCUCCGAAGUCUCGCGGAACACGACGAGACCACACUCAAAACGUCAACAGUCCCCUUCGUGUGUACGUUUCCAAAGUGGAUGAGGAUGUUAAUUGUCGGAGUUCAGGUGUAAUCACUCUUUAUUAUGAAUUAGUUAUAGUUCUAACUGGUCAAUUGUUUUUAACUUUAAACAGUUUGCUACAGUUUCUUCAUGUCAUCAUUUGGAUUCAGUUCCCCAGAAUGACCCAACCUCGACCCAGCGAAUUUAUUCCACCACCGGAGUGCCCUGUCUUUGAGCCCAGUUGGGAAGAAUUCGCCGACCCGUUUGGGUUUAUCAACAAAAUACGUUCCAUCGCAGAGAAUACUGGCAUUUGUAAGAUCCGACCACCACCGGGGUGGCAACCGCCAUUUGCCUGUGAUGUGGACAGACUGCAUUUCACCCCACGCAUACAGAGGCUCAAUGAGUUGGAGGCUCAGACCAGGGUGAAGCUCAAUUUUCUGGACCAGAUUGCCAAAUUUUGGGAGCUGCAGGGCUGCACACUGAAAAUCCCUCAUGUAGAGCGCAAGUCUCUCGACCUGUACCAGCUCUACAAGUUGGUGACUGAGGAGGGUGGUUUUGACUCAGUCUGCAGAGAGCGGAAAUGGACCCAGAUCUCUCUGAAGAUGGGCUUUGCUCCCGGCAAGGCUGUUGGCUCUCACUUGCGUGCCCACUACGAGAGGAUUCUGUACCCCUACUACCUGUUUCAGACAGGAGCCAGCCUUCUGAGCUCGCAGAAGCCCACUCUCACCAAUGACACCAAAGAUAAAGAAUAUAAAUCUCAUGAUUUGCCCCAGCGUCAAUCAAUGCAGCCUUCAGAAAUCUCUACCAUUGCUCGCAGAGCCAAGCGCACAGAGGGUCGCUGUUUCAAAAGUGAGCAGGGUGAGCACUGUGAGAACAGACCCAACCUGAGGAGGAGAAUGGGCUCAUAUGUGGCAAAACCUGAACCAGUUAAAAACAUUCCAGUCCAGGUUAAACAAGAGCCUGUAGAUCCAGCUGAAUCAACACCUGAAGGGCAAAAGUCAAAGGUGGAGCAGUACAUGUGUUUGGUAUGUGGUGGAGGGGGUGAUGAGGACAGGCUGUUGCUAUGUGAUGGGUGUGAUGACAGCUACCACACCUUUUGUCUGAUCCCACCCCUGCAUGAUGUUCCCAAAGGAGACUGGAGAUGCCCCAAGUGCCUGGCCCAGGAGUGUGGCAAGCCUCAGGUUGCAUUUGGCUUUGAGCAAGCCCCCAGGGACUACACUCUCCGCUCAUUUGGUGACAUGGCAGACUCCUUCAAGUCAGAUUAUUUCAACAUGCCUGUUCAUAUGGUCCCUACAGAACUUGUUGAAAAGGAGUUCUGGCGUCUGGUCAGUACCAUUGAGGAGGAUGUGACUGUAGAGUAUGGGGCAGACAUUGCCUCCAAGGACUUUGGCAGUGGAUUCCCUGUUAAGAACGGCACCUUCACAGUCACACCUGAUGAAGAGCAUUAUCUUACUAGUGGUUGGAACCUGAACAAUAUGCCGGUGCUGGACGCAUCUGUGCUGACUCACAUUACAGCUGACAUAUGUGGGAUGAAGCUGCCCUGGCUCUAUGUUGGCAUGUGCUUUUCCUCCUUCUGUUGGCACAUAGAGGAUCACUGGAGCUACUCUAUCAACUAUUUGCACUGGGGAGAGCCAAAGACAUGGUAUGGUGCUCCUGGCUAUGCCGCAGAGCAGUUGGAAAUGGUGAUGAAGAAACUGGCCCCCGAGCUGUUUGAGUCGCAGCCAGAUCUGCUCCACCAGCUGGUCACCAUUAUGAACCCCAAUCUCCUAAUGGAGCACGGAGUCCCUAUUUACCGCACUAAUCAGUGUGCUGGAGAGUUUGUCAUCACCUUCCCCAGAGCCUAUCAUAGUGGGUUCAAUCAAGGCUUCAACUUUGCAGAGGCUGUAAACUUCUGCACAGUGGACUGGAUCCCUCUGGGUCGCCAGUGUGUGGAGCAUUACCGCUCUCUGAACAGAUACUGUGUCUUCUCGCACGAUGAGAUGGUGUGUAAUAUUGCGGCCAAGGCAGACAGCUUGGAGCUGGAGCUGGCCUCUGCCAUACAGAAGGACUUGUGUGCUAUGAUUCAAGAGGAGAAGGAGCUGCGUGAGAAGGCUUACAAGCUGGGUGUGUGGCACUCCCAGCAGGUGGACUAUGAAGAGCAACCAGACGAGGAGAGGCAGUGUGCUAAGUGCAGGACCACCUGUUACCUGUCUGCCAUCAUGUGUCCCUGCAGCCCGAACCAGCUGGUCUGUCUACACCACCUCCAGGGCCUGUGCUCCUGCGACCCCAGCAACUACACACUGAAUUAUAAAUACACCUUGGGUGUGUUGAACCAAAUGUUUAAGGCUGUUGGAACACGUGCAGAGUCAUACGAUGAUUGGGCUUCUAAGGUUAACAAGAUUUUGAAGACUGACCAAGACAAAAGUGACUUGGAGGACCUUCGUGCACUGGUUGUGGAGGCAGAGAAGAAGAUGUACCCCGAGAUGGACCUGCUGCGGCAUUUGCGCCAAAUCAUCCAGGAUGCAGAGAAGAGUGCCUCAGUGGCCCAGCAGUUACUUAAUGGCAAGAGACAGACCAGGUAUCGCACUGGUGGAGGAAAAUCUCAGAACCAGCUCACUGUUGAGGAGCUGAGGUCAUUUAUCCAGCAGCUCUAUGACCUGCCCUGCACAAUCAGACAGGCCCCUUUUCUCAAGGCUCUGCUGAGCCGCAUUGAGCAGUUCCAGCAGCGGAGUGCAGACCUCCUGGCUGAGGACAUGCCUGGCUCAGUGGCCCUGCAAGGCUUGCUCGAUGAGGGCACCAGUCUGGAUGUGGACCUGCCGGAGUUGGCCGUGCUCAGGCAGAGGUUGGAACAGGCGCGGUGGGUGGAGGCUGUGCAGCAGGCCAGCGAGCAGCCUGCUAGCCUCAGCCUGGACUGCAUGAGGAGGCUGAUUGACCAGGGUGUGGGACUGGCACCCCAUGCCUGUGUGGAGAGGACUAUGGCCUGGCUGCAGGAACUGCUUACUGUGUGCGAGCACUGGGAGGAGAAGGCGCAUAACAUGCUGACUGCCAGGCCUUGUCAUAAUCUGGAGAUGCUGGAGGCAGCCUUGCUGGAAGUAAACAGUAUUCAUGCUUACCUGCCUAAUUGUCUCCAGCUCAAGGAUGCUGUCAGCAAGGCCAGAGAGUGGAUACAGGAGGCGGAUGCCUUACAGCUUGGUGGGCGUGUCCCUGUUCUUGCCACACUGUCUGAUCUGGUCUCAAAAGCUAAGGGCAUCCCAGUUCUGCUGGAGUCACUAGCUCGGCUGGAGAGCCUGGUGUCUGAGGUGCAGGCUUGGAAAGAGAGUGCAGUUAAAACAUUUUUGUUGAAGAACUCCUCUCUGUCACUCUUGGAGGUCCUGUGUCCCAAGUGUGAGACAGAGUGUCUGAAAUCAAAAUCUAAAAGAGUGAAAGAUGUCUCCCCAACUGGCAAAAAAACAGGUGUUAAACUGGACUGUCUCAGUGAUGUGGAGAAAGCUCUCUCUGAAAGCAAAGACACAACCUCAGCAAUGGCCACUCUUGGUGAGGUACGUCUGAAGGAGCUGGAGAACCUGUCUGUUUUGAGGACCUCAAAUGAGGCAAAGUUUCAGCCAACACACAACAGUUCUGCACCUACAGUGUGUUUGUGUCAUACAGUGCCAGCAGGCCCCAUGCUCCAGUGUGAACUCUGCCGCGAUGCUUACCACAGUGGCUGCGUACCAGGGUUCCAGGAAACACAGAUUGGGCAGCUGUGGUUAUGCCCGCGCUGCAGUCGAUCCAAGAAGCCCCCCUUGGACAAAGUGUUGCCCCUGCUAGCCUCUCUUCAGCGUAUCCGAGUCCGUCUACCAGAGGGUGAUGCGUUGCGUUAUCUGAUCGAGAGGACAGUGCGUUGGCAGCAUAGAGUGCAACAGGUCUCCCCUUUUACACAGCAAUUUAGUGGGAAAAUUAGAACUAUUUCUGGAAUGGCUUCCACUCUGACCCUAGAAGGGAGUAACGGUUCCUUCUACAUGCUUCAUCCAUGCAUUCCUCUCAGUGUUCUUAGCCCUGACCUGGAAGAGCUACUGGCAGAGGGCCUCCUGCUGCAGGUGACUUUACCCGAGCUGCAACAGCUCUACCAAGGCCUGCUUAGCCGGUUCUCCCCCUCUCACCACUCCCUCCAGAGUAGUGAGCAUGACCAUCAGUACUACAUUGCUCAGGACAGGAGCCCACCCCACAAGAGCCCAUUGCACAAAAGUCCACCCCACAGCAAAGGACAGGAUGUCAUCCUGGAGUUGCAGAAGGAAAGGGAGAAGCUAGAGAAGAAUCCCAAAAGGCGCUUGGAGAAUGAGAACCCUGAUGUGCAGGACAGAGGCAAGAUUAAGAAGCCCAAGAAAAAGAAGCCUAAGACGAACAAGGAGAGGAGACGUGAGGAAAAAAGAAACAUCUCCCCUUCUAAUUCGCUCUCAGACCCAUCCAGUUCAGAGGAUUCAGAAGAAGACUGGUCUGUGUGCUCAGCAAAGCAAUGUUUGCAGCCAGAGGGCAACGAGGUUAAUUGGGUCCAGUGUGAUGGUAGCUGUAAUCAGUGGUUCCACCAGACAUGUGUGGGUGUGUCUGCUGAGCAGGCCGAGAAUGAGGACUACAUCUGCGUCAACUGCUCAUUAAAUGAUUUGAUGUAAUGAGGACCAAAGCAGAAACACAUUGAAAAGUCAAAAGACUUUGUUUUGCACAUGAGUUAUAGCACCAAGUAUGCACCAGAUCCAUUUCCUUGUCCUCAGAAGUCCCAAUCAGUCCUCCCUGUUACUCCGGUGCUACGUUCUUCUUGAUAGGACUGUUAUCCAGAACCAUUUAAGACUCUUGUCAGCUUUUCUGGUAUUUUUACAUUUCCUCUUAUAAACGUUCUUUCUCUUGUCUAGAAGAUAUGAUACAGAGAUGUACCUCAGGAGUCUCCAUCCCGUGAAUACGCAGCAGAGGGAUAUCAGCUUCCCCGAAUGUAAAAUUGGAUUCAGUUUUUCAGAAGCCAUGUUUCCUUCUAACGUGAAGUAAUCAGAAGACUUUGCUUUGGGGCUUUUUCCACCAAAUUGUAUUAAUUGGACUUUUAACAGAUAGGUCUGAAUUUAUUUUUGGAACCCUGCUUUGGUACAUGUAUCUAAUAAUGUUAUUUAUUUAUCCCAGCAUUGUCUAUGCUGGUUGCCCUGAUUUUCGGUAGCUUGAGAUCUGCUCUGAUCUGUAGCUUCUUGCAUUGUUGACGGUUGUACAGAAUCCUGAUGUAGGUCGUCUGAGUGAUGUAGCAGACAGAAGAAGUGUGAACUAUACUUUGUGACUUUAUGCUGUUUCUUAAAAAAAAGAAACACUAUUAAUGAUGUUAAUUCAGCUGUGGAAUAAAAUGAGUUGUUCUCACUGA